AAUGGAGGGCCGUGACUAUUCGACCAUGAUGCAUCGCGGCAGUGCAGUCCGGAUGGAGGCCUUCCGCCAUCAAGCGGAGCUAAUCCUGCACGCGGCCGUGGAAGCCGCCGUUUCCGAGCUGCUGCGGUCAGAACCCGCGGGAGUUCGGGAGGGCAGCGAGGCUCGACUGGUCGCCGUGUUGGACGCCAUGUCCAGAGUAGCCCUUCGCCAGAUCUGCAGAGUCUUCUUGGAGCUGCAAGCGAGCGUGGAGGCGGAGAACAAAGCUCUGAAGGACAGACUGAGACGGCUGGAAGGCCACACCCCCUCCAUGCAGAGCGUCAGCUCAGAUCCCAAAACCGCGCUUCACCGGAGCGAUCCCGCCCGUGAACUGAGUGAGGAGCAGCAAAAGGAGCAGGAGAGGAGGAGGAGACGCGAGCUGUACAAGGAGAAGAGGUUCUUCUGCGAGCUUUGCAGCAAAGGCUUCCACCAGCACCACCAGCUGCUGAAGCAUGGCUCCUCCCACCACAAACCGUUUCCGUGCAGUUCCUGCGACAAAGGCUUCUACGGCGAGCCGGCACUACGGCGCCACAAGGUCAGCCACCAGGUGAGGGCGGCGCAGGAGAGCGACCCUGACCGGAUGCUGUGCUGCGACAUCUGCGACAGGAAGUUCAGGCUGCUGCGGCAGCUGCGGGCGCACCAGGCGUCCCACCGGCUCCAGAGAGAUCCGCUCAAGUGCGACACCUGCGACCGCACCUUCACCUCCAAAAGCGCGCUGCGGUACCACAGCGUGUCGCACGCCAAGGUCAAGCCCUUCAUCUGCGACGUCUGUGGGAAGAGCUUCAUCAGGAAGAAGAGCCUGGCGGAGCACCAGAGCGUCCACAGCGGCGUGCGGCCGUACGCCUGCCAGACCUGCGGCAAGAGGUUCUCCACGACCGGAAACCUCCGCGUCCACAAGAGGGCGCACUCGGAGGAGCGGCCGUACAAGUGCGACCAAUGCGAUAAGGCCUUCAAGUUCAAGAUGGGGCUGCUGCAUCACCAGGUGGUUCACUCCGGAGAGAAGCCCUUCACCUGCCAGGUGUGCGGUGUGAACUUCGGACUCAAGUACAACCUGCAGAGACACAUGCGGCUGCACAGCGGCGAGAAGCCAUACAGGUGUAACCAGUGCGGUGAAGGUUUUUCUGGUACCUGGGCUCUGAAAACUCACAUGCUGGUUCACGGAGUGGCGAAGCCGUUCAUGUGCGACCUUUGUGGGAAGACCUUCUUCUACAACUGCCAGCUGCAGAAGCACCAGCAGGUGGUCCACGGGGGGAUGGGGCAUCCCAAACCGGGCGGGGAUGUGGGCCGCCGUGCGCCCGCUUCCAAACCGUUCAGUUGCAAGGCGUGUCCGAAGAGCUUUGUCAGCUGCAGCACUCUGAGGAUGCACGAGAAGAGCCACAGCCAGAGCAAGGAGUUCACCUGUGACACCUGCGGCAAGGCCUUCCACCUGCGCCACCUGUACCUGUACCACGUCCGGCAGCACAGCGGCGUCCGCCCCCAUAGCUGCGUCGUCUGCGGCAAAGGCUUCCUGCUGGCGUCUCAGCUCAAGCAGCACGAGCUGCUGCACACCGGAGUCAAGCCGCACCGCUGCGUCCACUGCGGCAAGGAGUUCCGGACGCCGCAGAACUAUCGGCGCCACUUGCUGGUCCACACCGGCGAGAAGCCGUACAAGUGCAGCGUCUGCAACCGCCAGUUCAGGCAGUCCAACCAGCUGAAGUCCCACAUGCAGCGGCACACCGGCAUCAAGCUGUACUCCUGCGGCCGCUGCCGUCUGGGCUUCUCCGACUCCCGGCAGCUCCGGAAGCACCGCUGUGGAGACCAGCCGCUUGGUGUUCCCGAAGCCGGCGGCUCUGGACGGAACCAGGACCUGCAGCCUUGGACGGCAGCAGCCUCAGCCAGAAACCCCAGACUCUCUGUGUGAAGACCUGCGGACCUUUACGUGCUGUGAUGAACUUCACCAGGACUCAGGUGUGAGGGGUCAGAGAGAGAAGACUUCACCUGGUCAGAGAGAUGUUCACCUGGACUCAGGUGCGAGGACAGAGGUGCUGUUCGGUUCUUUGAAGGUCGGAUCCACUGACAGAAGCUUCCUUCCUUCAUUCUGAUCUUCCUCCUGUGUUUUCAUGGAGAAUGUGACAUCAGCAAUGGAUUCUGGUUUUUCUUCUGGUUCAGGUUGUCAUGGCGACAUGUCAGCUGUUCAUUCAGUCCUUCUGGUUUCCUGGUGUUUUCAUUCUGUUUUAUGAAAUCAUUUAAGUGUAAUUCCUGCAGGUUUCUCAUCCAGACUGGAUCCUUCAGCUGCUCCUACAACAAUGUUCUAAGCAAACUUCCUGUUUUCAUCUUUUUCUCUGUGUUAAGCAAAGUUUGGUCUAAAAUAUUUUAUUAUUUCAAUGUUAUUCAUGCUAAUCUCAAUUGUCUUUUUACAUAGUUUAUUCUUCACUCUGGGAAGUCUACUUUUAAUAAACAUAGAAAUGAAUCAACA